AUGUUUGUUGCCCACAUCGGAACCAGAACGGCGUUCACUCUGCCGCUACAUUCACAAGCGCCGCUAAAUAGCGGAGUGGUGGCUGCAGAGAAGACCAGAGGAGGUCAGCUCCUCGAGGAGCCAAAGAUGUUGCCUUUCCGAGCAAACACCUUCAGCCUCCAGGUAUCCAUCCAGGAUGUUCCCCAGUUCCUGUGGAGCAUCAAACCCUUUACCACAUGUCAGGAAUUCUCCUUCCCCCAAGUGUGGUGCAGCAACCAGCAGCCCCUGCACUGUGCCUUCUCUCUGGAGAGAUACAGCCCUGCCACCGCCCAGCUCUCCUGCAAAAUCAGCGUACGCCAGGUCAAAGGUCACGAGCAGAUUCUGCAGGUCUACACAGCUGUGGCCGAGACUGAAAAGGAGUCGGUCCCAUUUUUUAUGCAGACAGACUGCACCAUCACGUCCCAGACGGGGCCCAAGGCCUUCAAAAUCCCCCUGUCCAUCCGCCAGAGGAUCUGUGCCACCUUCGACACUGCCAACGCCAAGGGCAAGGACUGGCAACUCUUAGCCCAGAAACUCCACUUAGAUCGAAACCUCGGUUAUUUUGCGAAGCAGCUCAGUCCGUCUGCGGUCAUCCUUAGCCUGUGGGAGGCUCGCCACCAGGACACUGCUGACCUUGACUCUCUCGCCAGCGCCCUGGAGGAGAUUGGCAAGAUCCACUCCAAAAGCUCCCCUAAGGACCAGGAUGGCCAGAGUCCGACUUCGGUCAGACAGAAGCGGGCAGCCUGUGCAGAACAGGCAAACUAG